CUAAUUUUGUGUAUUUACACUCAAUUUUGUCCAAAGGGAAACAAAGAGUGAAGAGAGACAAAGUUGCGCAAGUCAUGGCUACUCUUAGUAUUCCAAGAAAGUACCAUUCUUUGUACAUUAUUUUUCAGUUCUUUCUAUUAAUACAAACCAAAGUGUUGUGUUAUCAGUACAAAGUUGGAGAUUUAAGUGCUUGGAAUGUACCCUCUUCUGCAAAUAAAGAUGUCUAUACCAAAUGGUCCAAGAAUCAUGUCUUCAAAAUUGGAGAUUCAAUCAUGUUUUUGUACCCACCAAGUGAAGAUUCAGUAAUACAGGUGACAAAACAGAACUACAACAGUUGCAACCUUAAAAAUCCAAUCUUGUACAUGAACAAUGGCAACUCUCUGUUCAACAUUACAAGACCUGGGGAAUUUUACUUCACAAGUGGAGCAGAAGGACACUGUGAAAAGUCACAGAAACUUCAUAUUUCAAUACCAGGAGGAAAUGGAACAACUUAUGAAGAAGAUUCACCUGCUUUUGCUCCAUCUGCAGAUUCACCUGCUUACCCUACUGUUUUUGGCUCAAUUCCUGUCCAAUCUGCUAAUCAAUCAUCUUCUGGGAAAUUGCAUAUUUCUAUUUUUGGUGCCAUUGGAUCAGUGUUUCUCACACUGCUUCUAGGAAGCACCAUUUUUUAGAGAAGUAAUACUACAUUUGGAACAGUACAUUUUGAGAUUUCAUUCAUAUUUUUUGUUGUAUUGAGCCAUUAUAUUUUGUCUGUCUGUUGUUAAAUUUGUGAAGAGUUCAUUCGUGAUGAUGAGUUUAUUGGGGGGAGCUUACCGUUUUCCCUUGAGCAAAAUUAUUGAGUUUCUUCUACUAUAGUCAAUAUUUUUGUGUCA